GUCAUUGUCAUUAUCCUGACUUCGAGUGCACGAUUUCAUUGCCUGGGUCUCCUCCUCACUCCUAUGCUACUCAUAUCCCUGGCCGAAGAUUUUCGCAGUACGUCAUUGGCAUUAUCCUGACUUCGAGUGUAUGAUCUCUUUGCCUGGGUCUCCUCUUCACUCCUAUGCUACUCAUUUCCCUGGCCGAAGAUUUUUGAAGUAUGUCGUUGUCAUUAUCCUGACUUCGAGAUUUUUGAAGUACGUUGUUGUCAUCAUUCUGACCUUGAGCACACGACUUCCUCGUCUGGGUCUCCUCUUCACCCCUAUGUCACUCAUAUCCCUGGCCGAAGAUUUUUGCAUGCACGAUCUCUUCGCCUGGGUCUCCUCUCCAUUCCUAUGCUACUCAUUUCCCUGGCCGAAGAUUUUUGAAUGCAUGAUUUCUCCGCCUGGCUCUCCUCUCCAUUCCCAUACCACCCAUUUUCCUAGCCAAAGAUUUUUAACCUAUAUUAAUGUGGUCACCCCCAGUAGGAUUGACUCAGAAUUUUUGAACCUCUGGGAGUAAUUUAAAGCUUUUUGCGUAGUUUAUGCAGCAUGUAAAGGCCGCUAUGAAAAACACACAUCAUGCAAUCAGACAAAGGUCACUCAGAGAG